AUGGUUCAGAUCACGUCACUCCUCCUUACCGUCGGACUUGUCGGCACGGCUCUGGCUUCAUCUUCGAAGACGGGCUUGUUGCAGAUGUUGACUUAUGUCAAGCGUCAUCCCAAUAUGACCCGUGAUGAGUUCUACGAAUACUGGGAUACCCAACACGCACCCAAGGUUGCGCCUCUUGCGACAGCUUUUGGUAUUACACGAUACCAACAGGUUCGUGUGGCCGGGAAGAUCGUCCCCACCGACGCAGGUGCCGAAGCGCCCGUCUCCAACCAACUCGUCGACUUCGACGGUGUAGCCUUAUUUCUAUACGAAUCAGCCGAUGAUCUGCUCGCGAUGCUGGCACACCCUUACUAUAUUGAGGUCGUCGAGCCGGAUGAGCAUGUCUUUAUUGACAAGUCUGCUCAUGGCAAUGGACAGGUCGCUACGUACAUUGGCGAGCAUAUCGAGGUUGUUGGUAACGAGAAAAGUGUUUGGGUUGGUAAUAAGAAGACCAAGAAGAAGUAUGAGAAGCUUUUCAAGUCUUACCGAUAA